AUGCUACGAACAAUGUUAAUAUCCUUCAGUUUCUUCAAAACGACAAUACGACACGCCCUCAAGAAUUACUCUCUUUUGAUAAUUCUAAUUUCUUCGAAGAUGCUGCUUAAUCUUCAAAAUCUCAUCUUACUCUUAUUUUCUUCAAUGGCGAUUGUUAGAAGCAGUCCAAAAUUUGAUGAUGGAGGAUUUAUACCGAGUUCCAUGAUUUAUAUGGAUAAAAGUGCAAAGUCCCAGGAUCAACUUGCUAUGCCUUCUCAAGCAGAGCUUCGUAAUGAGACUUCAGCGAAACGAAAUGACAUGGACAAUAACGAUAUCACGGAUCGCAGUCAAGAACCUCGAUUCAGUUUCACAAAUCUUGGUAGCACAGGAAGCGGUUACGGAAUAUCAACGUAUGCUCCGGCAAAAAUAGAUUUAGGAGGAUUAUUCUUGGGUGCUAUUAUAGGAAUAGGUUCCAUCCUCAUUAUUCCUAAACUGCUCUACGUCCUUUCUGGUACUUAUGGUCAUUAUGCAAGAAGUGAAGAAAGCGGCUUCACUCAAAUAAUGACAAAAAUGGAUGAUGUCCUGGCCCAUCAUGGUAUCGAUACAACAUCCUGCAUGCAACGAAUCGUGUGUACUUAUUCGCAACAAGCUUCUUCAUCUGUUAAAGAGGCCAAUAAAUUAAAUAACGAUGAAAAAAUUUCGUCCUUUGACCGUGUGAUUGAUACGAUUACGACGAAUCAAGUUUUCCGUACAACUAUGGAAGGAACCGCGAUACAGGAGGCAGUGGAAGCAGGGAGAGCUGGUCGAAAUUGUUCGCGAAUUUAUCCUCAUUGCGGAUUCUCCAUGGAAACUAUGUUAUCCCUUUUAUCAAACGUAAUUACUACAAUCGCCGCAAUUAACACAGGAAAUUCCACGCCUACAGGAACUGGGACUUUAUAAUAUAUAAUAAUGUCAGAGGUCAAAGAUUUUAAUGAUAUGAAUAUUCUAAUUCGAUUAAAAUAUAAUGAAUUUUCAGAAGCGUAUGUUUUUAAACAAACAGAAUGAUAAUGAAAAUCAAUGCUAUAUUACAGAUGAUAUUAUAUAAAAAUAUUUAUAUAUAGUUC